UUGCGAGAGGGGGGGAGGGAGAGUGAGAGUUGAAGCACAAGCUGCAGCAUCUCUCUGUUUCACUGUCUCUGUGUCUCUGUCUUGGUGAGUCUGAGGUGUUGGUGGCAGCGAUGCUUGUGUGGGGGGCAUGAGUCCAUACCGAACCCGAUCUCCUUCUGGUUCUGGUUCUGAGGAAGCGGGAAUAUUGGGCGAAUAUGAUCUGAGAUGCUCUCGGUGCUCAUACUUUUAGGGUGCUGGUGGAGGUAGAUGCAGUCUGGUGUUGGUUGCUUGGCUAAAUUGCAACGGAGAAGGAGGAGGAGACGGAGGAGGAGAGUGUGCCAGCUAUGGCGGCCGCCCCUGUUGCGCACCAGCGCAGGGCAGCAGCUGGUGUAGCUCUUCCGCAAGCUGAAAUCAAUUGGGACAGGCUCGACAAGACCAAGUUCUUCUUGGUGGGUGCUGGCCUCUUCUCAGGGGUUUCGGGACUCCUCUAUCCCAUUUCUGUUAUCAAGACAAGAAUGCAAGUGGCGAGAGCCGAUACUGUUCACACAACAGCUCCAGCACUUUUCAAGCAUAUCCUCAGGUCUGAGGGCGUUCUGGGACUUUACAGAGGUUUUGGAUUGGUAAUAUCUGGAGCAAUUCCUAGUAGGGUGGUUUUCAUGACUGCUCUAGAAACUACCAAAGCUUCCACAUUGAAGGUGACUGAAAAAUUGGAUGUUUCGGAAGCUACAGCAGCUGCAAUGGCCAACGGGCUUGCAGGACUAUGUUCUUCAUUGGCUUCUCAGUCCGUUUUUGUUCCAAUUGACGUUGUGAGUCAACGUUUGAUGGUGCAAGGUACUCCAGGGUCACAUCAGUACAAUGGAACUAUGGAUGCUAUUAGGACGAUUUUAAGAAAUGACGGUGUUCGAGGACUGUAUAGAGGAUUUGGAAUGUCAGUGCUUACUUACUCGCCAUCCAAUGCAGUAUGGUGGGCAGCAUAUGGAUCUAGCCAGCGUGUCAUUUGGAGAAAAUUGGGGUAUGGAGGCGAGGUAGAGAAAGAGUUACCUAGUACUGGUGAAGUAGUUCUAGUCCAGGCAUUAGGAGGCGUGAUUGCUGGGGCAUGCUCUGCAGUCGCUACAACUCCUAUGGACACUGUUAAGACACGUUUGCAGGUGAUGGCUCAUGAAGGAGAAGGUCGGCCAACUAUCAAGCAAACGGUAAAGCUCCUGCACAAGCAAGAGGGCUGGCGUGGUUUCUACAAGGGACUGGGUCCGAGAUUUUUUAGCAUGUCUUUGUGGGGCACCUCAAUGAUUACUACUUACGAGUUUCUAAAACGUCUGUCGGUGAAGGAUGAAUAAUGUUUCCGUCUCUUUGAACUUGGUAAGCACGGCUGUAUAAUAUUGAAGAGGCAAUGAGGGUGAAGUGGAUAGAUAUCAUUAGGCUACGUUCUAUUUCAGGAAAUUAUUUGUGGAUCAGACAGCCUUUCUAAACUUCAGGUAUCCCCAGAAGUUAGUCUCGAAUGGCUACAUGUUAGCUUCUCCAUUUUGAAGACGUACUGCAAUUCGUGGAUAACAGGUCUCGGGAAAGUAAGAAUUAACUGGAGGAUAUGUUUGGGCAAGUUCACUUUUUAGCAGGCUAAAGCUUGUUAUGCUUCAACAUCCAGCUGCUAUUGCGGUAGUGGCUCCAUCUUAUAGUCGCGAUAUCUCUUCUACGAACUUCUAGAAAUUUUAAUUCUUCAGCUGUCAUAUUAAACCAUUUGAGAUUUAAGCUCAACAUUAAAGUUGAGAUUUUGGCCUUGAGCCAUGCACUUAUCACCUCA